CACUUUGAACACUUUGAACACUGGGAUAUUUUUGAAUCAUGACUCGUACGAAAAACCAAGACCAGAGAGAAAGGCAGCAUGAGGGGGUCUGAGUUAUGAACUAUCUUCUCAUGUUUUCUGUCUGUAUUUGCCGACAGUGGAUUAGCAAGCAUUAACGUCCUUCUCACAGCAAAAAUAACUAUCUCCAUUCAGAUAAACUGAUUAAAUUAAAAGACCAUACACAGUACACUCCUCAAACAAAAAUGGCAAACCUCACACCUCUCUCUAAACUUGAUGAAACCUUCGACAGAGUUUCCGAACUCAAAGCCUUCGACCAAACUAAGGCCGGCGUCAAAGGCCUUGUGGACUCCGGCGUUGCCGAAAUUCCAAGAAUAUUCUACUACCCGCACAAAGAACGUUCAAAUUCCGACAAGACUUCUGUUACCGACGAACCCCACUUGGGUGUUCCAGUGGUGGAUUUGGUAGACAUCGAUAAAGACCCAUUCAAACGCAGAAAAGUGGUGGACAAAAUCCGUGAAGCUUCCGAAAGUUGGGGGUUUUUCCAAGUGCUUAACCAUGGGGUUCCGGCGAGUGUUCAGGAUGAGAUCAUAAAUGGGACACGUCAAUUUUUCGAACAGGAUAUUGAAAUGAAGAAACAAUAUUAUACAAGAGACAACACUAAGCCUUUCGUUUACAAUUCCAAUUUCGAUUUGUUUAGCACAUCCACUGCCAAUUGGAGAGACACCGUCUUCAUUCAAAUGGCCCCAAAUCCUCCCAACCCGCAAGACUUUCCACUAGUUUGCAGAGACAUCCUAGUUGAGUAUUCAAAACAAAUGGAAAAGGUUGGAGAAAUGAUAUUUGGGCUACUUUCAGAGGCCCUUGGUUUGCAAUCAACCCAUCUCCUGGAAUUGGAUUGCAGUGAAGGACAUGCCUUUAUGUGCCACUAUUAUCCAUCCUGUCCUCAGCCAGAACUCACCAUUGGCACCACCCAGCACUCCGAUAGUAGCUUCAUCACUGUGCUGCUUCAAAACCAUAUCGGAGGUCUUCAAGUGCUUCAUCACAACAAAUGGGUGGAUGUUCCGCCUGUUCCUGGAGCCUUUGCCGUCAAUGUCGGCAGCUUAUUGCAGUUGAUUUCAAAUGACAAAUUUGUAAGCUCGGUGCAUAGAGUGGUGGCUAAUCGUGAGGGUCCAAGAAUAUCAGUGGCAAGUGCCUUCAGCACCGGCACUAUACCAACCUCCAAACUCUAUGGACCCAUCAAGCAAUUGUUGUCCCAACAAAAUCCUCCAAAGUAUAGACAAAUCACUGUUAAAGAGUAUCGUCUCUACUUUGCUAAAAAAGGGUUGGAUGGAACGGAUGCUCUCACACAUUUUAGACUUUGAUUUACUCUUCUCUUUUUUGGUUUCCCUAUUCCAAGCUUUACUAAAAUGUUUGAACUAUGUUAAGGUUGAAUUUCUUUGUUAGAGGUGUAAACUUUUAAUUUGUAAAACAUGUUAGUGUAUAGUUAUCGUUAGUGUUAGAAAUUGUGUGAGGUCGUGAAUAUUUUAUUUGUUCACUAUUUUCUUCUUUUUGGUUGACGUGGCAAAAAGUGUUUUGAAAGUUUGUGAAGAAUAUUUGGAUGAGACAAAGAUUUUAUUUGGGUCCUAUUGUGAACAUAUUUUUUUUUUCUUAAAAGAAGAAGAUUUGUCUUUGUAGUA